AUGGGAGAGCUCGAUGCGACGUACGGAGCGGUACUUAUCGGAGCCUUCGUGUCCGCCGUGUUGUUCGGGGUGACCAAUUUGCAGGCGUUCAUUUACUUCCAAAGGUACUCGAGUGACGGAGUGUGGAGCAAGCUCACUGUCUGCUGGCUCUGGCUUUUAGAUGCGGUCCACUUGGCAUUCGUCGUACACAUGGUCUACUGGUACCUAGUCACCAACUACUUCAAUCCUUUAGAACUUACGGUCAUUGUAUGGACGUUCAAAGUAAGUGUCCUCUUUUUUUUGUGUGAGAGAGAUCGUCUGAAAACUGAUAGGUACAAAACGCAGGCACAAAUCAUUGUAGAUGUAAGUUCAUUGGGGCGAUUAUCUUCUGCUCAGGUGACUUUGCAUCUGCUUAGGCGAUCGUCGUGA